AUGUCUACACAUAAAGGUUCAACUUUAUCUACACAUGUUUUAGAUACAAAUACAGGAAAUCCUGCACCAAAUUUAAGAGUUAUUCUUAAAAAGGUAGUUGGUGAAAAUCAAUUUGAGUUGUUAAAGGAACAGACAACCAAUACAGAUGGUCGUGCACGUGAGUUCCCAGAAUUAGAGAAUGGUGUCUAUCAAAUAACAUUCAUGACUGAUGACUACUUCAAAGCUAACAAUAUCACUGCCUAUUUCUAUCCAAAGGUAUCGAUUGAAUUUAUCGUCGACACAACCCGUCACUAUCAUGUACCACUCUUGAUCUCGCCAUAUGGAUAUUCAACCUAUCGUGGUAGUUAA